UCGUGUCUGUUUGUUGUUGCUGUCGUCGCCGUCGUCGCGUCGUGUCGCUGCUGUUGCUGCUGUCCACUGAGAAAACGAGAAGCUACACAAAAGUAAGCGACAACGCGAAUCGUAUCACGUAAACGCCCGCGUGGAGAAAUACAUGAGAGAUGUCCACGAAUAUGUGCCCGAGUGCAGAAUUAUUCAGCAAUUCAUUAAAAUAUUGAUAAGUGACGUCAUCAAGGCUGUACGGACUGGCCUUGUGUAGCUGCAACAUUGAGCAACAACAACCAACGACAACAACAACAAUAACGAGGGAUCAUUAGCAACACGCCGUCUCUGCCGUCGGACCAACACGCUUAACGUCACGUCGCCACUUACGUUUUCUCUGCGAACUCGCUCUCUCUCACUCUCGCUCUCUCGGCGAGAUACUCUCUUUCGCUGUAGGUUUGCCGGCGACUCCACUUACUACUACGACGAAAAGACACUCAGGCCAGGCAGCACUCACUUUGCGUUUACGUCGUGGCCCAUGAAGUUCGUUUAGCUCGUCGCACAAAAUGUGAAAACUGAUGAAAAGAAAGAAGAAAACUGCACACAUUGAGACACACAGCUAACUAAACAACAACAAUAUUUUGGGACAGACAUAGUACGCGCAUCAACAACAAUUAUGUGAUAUCUACAACAAAUAUAAUUUUUUCUCAACUGCUGACGUCACACGUCGAAAAGAAGAAUACAAAUUUUGCGCAAAAGAAACAUGAAAACGUAGUGGAAAAAAUGUACAUGAAAAACGCAAAAAUAUGAAACGUGUGUGAUAUUAAAUGAGCGCGACGGCGGCAGCAGCAGCAACAACAACAAAACAUCAGCAGCAGCAGCGACGUUGGCAGCAGCAGCGGCGACGACGACGCAGGCGACGGCAGCAGCAGCGUUUGCAGGCAUUUGCUUUGCUGGUGGGUUGUGCGUCGUGAUAUAAAGGCAAAGAAAUUCCAAUUUAGAUGUGAAGAAUCCCUAGGUGCUAAUUUAGUUGAUAAGCGCAAACAAAAAGUACAAUAAACAACAACACCAACAACCGCAACCGCAACAGCAACAGCAACAAACUAACUGAAGCAACAAGCACACAUCAGUCAAAUUUGCAACUAGGUGGCAACGACUUAAGCAGCAACUGGCGCGCUUAAAAGUAUGCUACAGCAAAAUACGGGCGACUGCCGCGCUGCCAGGCCAACAACGUAGCAACAACAAAAUAGCUGUAUAAAUAAAAGACAAAGCGACUAAGUUGCGUGAGAGCAAAAAGAGCGAGGGGGAGAGAGAGCAUUUUUGUAAAGAGUGCAGGGAGAGCGCGCGCGACUGCGAAAUGUCGAAUUUUUUGAUAACCAGCGCCGCGCCCAACAGCAACACACAGCGUCAACAGCAGCAGCUUUAUGGAGUUGGCGGCACACAGGUGGUACGCAAACUCAGCUAUGAGCUGCUGGGCAACAACAAUAACAACAAUAAUAUUGUGAUCAAAAAUGAAAAUCUGCGGGACAUUGAUUACGAGCACGGCAGCAACGACAACAGCAACAGCAACAGCGGCGUCAGCAUCGGCGUCGGCGUUGGCGUUGGCGUCGCAGCCCACCUGCAAGAUCACGAAUACAUAAGUCUGAAUAAGUCUGGCAACACUACAACACCAACAACCGUUAUAGCAGAAGCAACAAGCACACAUCAUCAGCAGCAGCAGCAGCAGCGGAAUGGAGGAGGAUCUGCUGGCAAAACGAAUGAUAUCACACACUACUACAGGGUCAAGCGCCGGCCGAACGCAGCCACCCACGAGAUCCACCCGAAGAAACAGGCCAAGCAGAGCGCACAGCAUCAAACGGUCACCUACAACAACAGCAAGCAGCAGGCGGCGGCGCAGCAGCAGCAGCAGCAGCAGCAGCGCUACCAGCAGUCGCAGUCGCAGCAGCAGUACGACGUCGAGCACGACGAAGAUGACGAUGUGGAGACGAGCAAACCGGCCGGCAACGGUACUUUGCAUUCACAUGCACAGUUUGCGCGGACAGCGUCGCAGCAGCAGACGACGCCGCAGCAGCAGACGGCGCUGGUAACAUCUUCGUCGACGUCUUCAGCUGGGGGCGGCGGUGGUGGCGAUCGCAAUCGGGCGGACACCUCGCUGGGCAUAUUGACCAAAAAGUUUGUGGAUCUGCUGCAGGAGUCGCCGGACGGUGUUGUCGAUCUGAACGAUGCGUCCACCCGGCUGUCCGUGCAGAAGCGUCGCAUCUACGACAUUACGAACGUCCUGGAGGGCAUUGGCAUCCUAGAGAAGAAGUCCAAGAACAAUAUACAAUGGCGCGGCGGUCAAUCACUGGUCAGCAGCGAACGCUCCCGGCACAUCGAGGCGGAGUGCGAGCGUCUGGAGCAGCGCGAGAACGAGCUCAACACGCUCAUCGAUCAGAUGCGCGGCGAACUGGCCGAGAUAUCGCAGGAGGUGGAGAAUAUUGGCGGCAUGGCCUACGUGACGCAAAACGAUCUGCUCAACGUGGAUCUGUUCAAAGAUCAGAUUGUGAUUGUGAUCAAGGCGCCGCCAGAGGCCAAACUUGUGCUGCCCAACACAAAGCUACCGCGCGAAAUAUACGUUAAGGCGGAGAACAGCGGGGAGAUAAAUGUAUUUCUGUGCCAAGAUAAUUCGCCGGAGAGUUCGCCAAUUGCGCCUGCGUUGUGUGGCAACGGCAUACGCACGGCGACCUCGACGCGACUGCAUCACCUGACCAAUCAGCGCAUCGAUCCCCUAUUCAAUAACAUUGAUGCCAUGAGCACCAAGGGCCUAGGCCAUCCACCAUAUCGCUUAUCAGCUCAGCGCAACCUCAGCAAGUCGAUUGAGGAGGCGGCCAAGCAAUCCCAGCCUGAAUAUAAUAACAUUUGUGAUAUUGGCGGCGUCAAAUAUGAACUGACCUCGCCACAGCAGCAGCUGCAACAGUCGACGACGCAGGCGGGCAAUGAUGGUGAUGAUGAUGAUGAUGACGACGAUGACGACGUCGACAAUGAGCUGAAUCAGCUGGUGCCGACGCUAACCAGUCCCGUGGUCCGCAGCUAUCACCAUCACCAGCGGCAUGGCAUCGAUAUUCAGCACAUUUUAAACAGCCUAACACAAUCCUCGCCCACGAAGGCGGAGGGCGGACUUCGCUCUACGACGCCGCGGCUCUGGCGACGUGCGGCGAAUCCCGCUGCCAACAUCGCGGGCAACACAACUACGCUUAAUAGUCAUAACAGCAGCAGCAGCAGCAACAACAACAACAAUUCCCAACCCCAUAACAGCAACAACAGCAGCAGCAGCACAGUUAAUUACAGUAAUCAGCAGCAGCAGCGACGCAGCGAUGUACCAAUGUAUAACUGUGCAAUGGACGGCGCGACUGCGUCGUAUGCUGUUAGCAAUAACAGCAAUAAUAACAGCAGCCACAACUCCUCUGCCAUAGGCUCGCUGCACAUGCAGUUUGCGGCAGUAGCCGGCAAUGAAAGCGACAGCGGCCUUGGAGUCGGCUUGGCGGCAACAUAUAGCGACAUCUCUGGCGCUGGCGCCAAUGUUGAUCAGCAACAGCAAUACAACAAUACCAACAACAACAAGAAUAACUAUCGCAGCCUGCCGCCAGGCGUUGGCGACUGCGACGCUGACAGUGACGGCAGCAAUGUUGCUCUCCAAGGCCUCGAUGCGUUGUUUGGCGACAUUGGCACAGACUACUUUAAUAACGAAGCCUUUGUGUCCAUCGAUCCGCCGGAUGACAAUGAUUAUCCCUACGCACUGAACGCCAACGAGGGCAUCGAUCGGCUGUUCGACUUUAGCUCCGAUGCCUACGGGCCCUAAGCCACACACACACACACACACACACACACUCUGCGAAUUGGGGGUUUGGGAAUUGGGAGGGGGUGUUUAUAAUUUUAAAUUAUAUACAAGAGAAGCAGCGCAUAUUAUGUUAGAGAUGAUCUAUUAUUAUUAUUAUUAUUAUUAUUAUCAUUAUUAUUAAUAUUAUUACAAAUUAUCAAGUAAAGCAAAACCGUUUCAAGAGAACAUCAGCAACAACAACAACAAAACAAUGUAAAAAACUUAAUGAAACUAAGUUGUGUGUACAAUUUUAAGCAUAAAAACCUACAUUUAAAUUUAUAA